AUGGCCAAAAUGUGUUUUCCAACAUUGUGGAGGAAAUGGAUUAAAGAAUGUAUUACUACGGCUACCACAUCAGUUCUUGUGAAUGGUAGCCCCACAGAUGAGUUUCCUUUGGGUAGAGGUCUGCGUCAGGGUGAUCCACUUUCCCCAUUUUUGUUUUUACUAGCUGCAGAAGGAUUGCAUGUUAUGAUGAAGGCUAUGAUUGAUGCAAAUUUGUAUAGAGGUUAUUGUGUUGGGGAUGGGAACGAGGUGGCGGUAUCGCAUCUUCAGUUUGCAGAUGACACUUUGCUUUUAGGAGAGAAGAGCUGGGCGAAUGUUCGCGCAUUGCGGGCAAUUUUAGUUCUUUUUGAGGUUGUUUCUGGGCUGAAAAUAAAUUUCCAUAAAAGUUUGUUGGUUGGUCUAAAUGUUUCUGACUCUUGGUUAACGGAAGCAGCGUCGUUGUUGAAUUGGAAGGUUGGUACAUUGCCCUUUAUUUAUUUGAGAUUGUCGAUAGGUGGAAACCCGCGUCGUCUGUCUUUUUGGGAACCUGUGUUUAACUGUAUCAGAUCUAGACUGUCUAAUUGGCAAAGUCGAUUUCUUUCAUUUGGAGGUCGCUUGAUUCUUCUAAAGUCUGUCUUGACCGCGCAACCGGUCUAUGCUCUUUCCUUCUUCAAGGCUCCAGCAGGAGUUAGGCGAUUGAGGGAGUUUAAUGAGGCGUUGCUAGGGAAGUGGUGUUGGAGGUUACUUGUUGAUCGUGGAGGGUUGUGGUAUAGGGUGUUGGUUGCUAGGUAUGGUGUGCGUGAUGGGAGGUUGGAGGUUGGGGGCCGGAGUGGUUCUUUUUGGUGGAAGGAGGUUAGUAGGAUUACAGAAGGGGAGGGUGGGGGUGGUGUUAGUUGGUUUGAGGGUUGUGUGGUUAGGUGUGUGGGUGAUGGGGAGGAUACCUUGUUUUGGCAUGAGAGGUGGUGUGGUCGUGUCCCUUUCCAGAUUUGUUUUAGAAGGUUAUUUGAUUUAGCUUUAAAUAAAUCCAUUACUGUUAAAGAGAUGUUUUCUUUAGGAUGGGGGGAGGAGGGAGGGGGAUGGCAAUGGCGUAGGAGUUUGUGGGUGUGGGAGGAGGAGCUCCUAGCAGAGUGUAGGUUAUUACUUGCUAACAUUUCUUUGCAGCCUCUUUCCUAUGAUGUGUGGCAGUGGCAACCGGACCCUAGCCAAGGUUACACAGUCAGCGGGGCAUAUGCUAUGCUUAUUAAUCAGGAAGUGCAGCAGGAUGGUCUUUGCGAAGAAUUGGUUUGGCACAAACAUGUUCCCCUCAAGGUGUCUAUUUUUGCUUGGAGGUUGAUUCGAGAUAGACUUCCUACAAUGUCUAAUUUAAUAUUUCGUGGUAUCUUGAAUUCAGAGGCAUGCUUAUGUGUAACAGGUUGUGGUUUCGUGGAAGAUGCACGACAUUUAUUUUUGUCUUGCAGUUUCUUUGAUUCUUUAUGGUUUUUGGUGAGGUCUUGGAUAGGCUUUGAUGGUGUCGAUCAUUGUGAUAUAUCAAAUCAUGGUGCUCAUUUUGCAUUUUACACAGGUGGUUUGAAAUCAAGAAGAUCUUUUCUUCAGCUUAUUUGGUUACUCGCGAUGUGGGUUAUAUGGAAUGAAAGAAAUAACAGGCUUUUUAAGCAAAAAGAAAGUUCCUUAGUUCAAUUAUUAGAUAAAGUAAAGUAUCACUCUUUGUGGUGGCUGAAAGCCAGUAAGGUUGUAUUUAUGUUUGGUGAUCAGAUGUGGGUGUCGAAUCCAUUGUCGUGUUUAGGCAUUGGUUAA